AUGCUACUGUAAGGAGCUUAUCGCUUGCCUCUCUCAGGCUCAGUCCCUUUCUCCUCCCUCUUAAGACUGCAAGCACACACCUGCCACAAAAAUAUUUUGAAAGGUCCAGCCUCAACCAGACGCAAAGAUGUGUGACCAGACAUUUUUGGCCAUUACGUUUGGCCCGUGUGAUAACUGCAGUCAGAACAAACCUCUGAUGAAUAUUUAUCUGAAGAAUGAGCCCAUCAACUACUGCUCGCUGUGUGUGGAGCUGAUGGCCUGUCAGGGACUUACGAAGGGCGAAACCAUCCAAACACUGAAAGUGGAGUCUGAGUCUUUGAAAGCCAAACUAGAGGAGGAGAGAGCCAAACUACACGACGUCGAGCUGCAUCAGGUGGCGGAGAAGAUGGAAGCUCUGGGUCAGUUUGUCAUGAAAACCCGGAGAACUUUAAAAGGACAUGGAAAUAAAGUGCUGUGCAUGGACUGGUGCCGGGACAAGAGAAGAAUCGUCAGCUCCUCUCAGGAUGGGAAAGUCAUUGUCUGGGAUGCAUAUACAACCAAUAAGGAGCAUGCGGUCACUAUGCCCUGCACCUGGGUCAUGGCUUGUGCUUAUGCCCCCUCUGGCUGUGCUGUGGCUUGUGGUGGUUUGGAUAAUAAAUGCUCCGUCUAUCCACUCUCUUUGGAUAAAAAUGAGAACUUGUCAUCUAAGAAGAAAUCUGUGGCCAUGCACACCAAUUAUCUGUCUUCCUGCAGCUUCACCAACUCUGAUAUGCAGAUUCUGACAUCAAGUGGUGAUGGUACAUGUGCAUUAUGGGAUGUUGAGAGUGGGCAGCUGCUGCAGAGUUUCCAUGGUCACUCAGCUGAUGUUCUCACAUUGGACCUCGCCCCCUCUGAGACGGGAAACACCUUUGUAUCAGGGGGCUGUGAUAAGAAGGCGAAUGUGUGGGACAUGCGCUCGGGACAGAAUGUUCAGUCCUUUGAGACCCAUGAGUCUGACAUCAACAGUGUGAAGUAUUACCCCAGCGGAGAUGCUUUUGCAUCUGGAUCUGAUGAUGCUACGUGUCGUCUGUUUGACCUGCGAGCUGACCGUGAGGUGGCCAUUUAUUCCAAAGAAAGUAUCAUUUUUGGAGCCUCUAGUGUGGACUUUUCCCUCAGUGGCCGAUUGCUGUUUGCAGGACACAAUGACUAUACCAUUAACGUUUGGGAUGUCCUGAAAGGUACCAGAGUGGCAAUUCUCUUUGGCCAUGAAAACCGGGUCAGCACUGUCAGAGUGUCCCCUGAUGGUACCGCGUUCUGCUCAGGAUCAUGGGAUAACACUUUACGGAUCUGGGCUUGAGGAGUUGUCCUGUAUGUCCUGUACCAGUAUGAGAAGAGAUAUUUGUACUUUUGCUUCUCAAUAUCACAGCACACAGUGGGACUGUAGGGAUUCUUAUCUAGAUGUCCUGACUUUUAUAUUAUCUUAGCACAAUUAAAUGUCUCUCUUUCUUGGCUUCUCACCAAAAUAUAUACAACAAUAAUAUAUAAAAUACACAAUUUGAAAAAGAUUGCUGUUCAAGUAUUAGUUUGUAAAAUAUUUUUUUAAUAUUAAAAACCUAAGUGUUUUAAUAUAAUUAUCCAUACUUUUGUAGGUAUAUAUUUUAUGGUAAUGAUUUGAACAGAGUUGAUUUCAGUGCUUGUGCAUCUGGCUUAUCAAACAGGUAUAUAUCUAGAAAUCUGAAAUUUAUUUAUAUAUAUAUAUAUAUUAUCAUGAAUGAGUUUUGCUUGCACUAGAAUGUCAAAAAUGUAGACAAGUGUUUAAUGUAGCCUAAG